CGGAACGGCGGCGGCUGCGGCGCUGGCGGUGGCUGCGGCAGCGGCGGCAUUUUAGUCAGCGGCGGCGGCGGCAGCCGGGCUGCUGCUGCUCCUCCCAGCAUCCCUGGCGCGGCCAUUUCAGCCCCAUCUUGGCCGAGGGGAGGGAGCUGCAGCCGCUGCUUCAGCAGUUUGAAUUUCAGUUUCUCCGAGGCUGUAGGAGCCGGCCGCGCUGACGAGGAGCUGAAGACACCGCCGCCGCUACCUCACGCCGCCGAGCGCUUCCGCCCGCCCGCCGCUCAUUCAGCCGCCGCCGCCCCUCACUCCACACAGCCGCGAGGGAGGCCAAGCCCGCCGCCGCGGGGUGGCUCCCCGAGGGGAGGCCCGAGCCUGCCAGCCUUCCCCGCCCCCGAGCGGGCUUCCGCCGCCGUCGUCGACAUGUCCCCUGGGCUGAGCUCCGGCUAGAGCCGCGGAGGGAGGGCCGCCGCCCGCCGCGGACCUCCAGCAGCCCGGCCCGCCGCUCCGAGCUCGCCGCUCCGCCUUCUUCCCUCGGCGUCGCCGCGCGGGAGCUGACGCGGGCCCCGGCCUGAGGAGCCCGAGCGGGGCAGAACCGCCCCUCACGCCGCCGCCUCCUGCGCCCUCCGCUCCACCCCCAGCCGGGCCUGCUGACCGCGCCGAGCGCCGGGCUGGACUGACCGCGGCGGCCCUACGAACCGAGCCCGCCCCUGGACCACGCUCCCGCCGUCAGCCCGGCCUGGAAGCGCCGCGGCCGCGGGAGCCGAGGAGGAAGAAGGAAGGAAGGAAGGAGGAAGCCGCAGGACGAUGCGUCGCCGAGCGGCCGCCCAGAGCAGCCCGUGACCGGCGGCGCGGGCCGUAGACCCCGGCGCGAACUCGGACUUUGUCUCGGGGGCCGUGCUCUGCCCCGGUCGGCUUCCGGCGGGAUCUCGGAGGAGCCGGCGGCGCGUCUGCCUCCCGGCCUUCCUCACCAUGUCCAAGAUGCCGGCCAAGAAGAAGAGCUGCUUCCAGAUCACCAGCGUCACCACCGCGCAGGUGGCCACGAGCAUCACCGAGGACACCGAGAGCCUGGACGACCCGGACGAGUCGCGCACGGAGGACGUGUCGUCGGAGAUCUUCGACGUUUCCCGGGCCACGGACUACGGCCCGGAGGAGGCGUGCGAGCGCAGCUCGUCGGAAGAGACGCUCAACAACGUGGGGGAUGCCGAGACUCCCGGGACAGUGUCCCCGAACCCCGUCCCGGACGGCCAGCUGGCGACGGCCGCCACCGGUGCGCCCGCCAACGGGGGCGGCGGCGUGGCGGCCCGGAGCGUGGCGGGGGCGCUAGCGCAGAGCCUGGCGGCGACGGUCACCCCGGCCGCCAGCGCGGGGACCCCGGCGCCCGCCACUCCGUCUCAGCCCCCCGCCACUUGCAGUUCCCGUUUCCGCGUCAUCAAGCUGGACCACGGCAGCGGGGAACCGUACCGGCGCGGCCGGUGGACGUGUAUGGAAUAUUACGAGCGCGACUCGGACAGCAGCGUCCUCAGCCGCUCGGGGGACUGCAUCCGGCACAGCAGCACUCUGGAGCAGACUGCCGAGCGCGACAGCGGCCUGGGCGCCACCGGAGGCUCGGUGGUGGUGGUGGUGGCCUCCGUGCCCGGGAUGCACGGGCCCGACUCGGGCGCUGACAGUUCGGUGGCCGCGGCGUGCGACAAGACGAGCGUCGGCCCGCCGCCCGUAGGUGGGGCUGUGGCUCCAGGCUCGGCGCCGCCGUUCCCCGGAGCGCCGACAGGGAUGGCGGAGGCGGUGGCCACGGGCCCGGGCCCCGGCGCGCCCUGUCAGCCCGCGGGAGGCGUGGUGCAGCCUGGCCUGGGUGGCCCGCCGCAGUCCGUGCCUCAGCCGCACGUGGGUGCCAGCGGCCAGCUGUCGGCCGUGCCUGCCGGCCCUCACGCCGCGGUGCCCGCAGUUGCCAAUGUGCCUGCAGCCCUGGCCGCUCCCGGCGUGCCUAGCGUGUCUACCACUUCUGUUACUAUGCCAAAUGUCCCCGCACCCCUGGGCCAGGCGCAGCUGAGCGGCGGCGGCAGCAUCGCGCACGCUGGGCAUCCCGUAGCCCCCGGCACGCACAGCGCACCCACCAGCCUGCCACAGGCCGACCUCAGCCACUUUCAGACUCCCAGCCAGCCGCCCGGCGGCCCGGUGGACGAUACUAGAAGAAAAUCCGAACCCCUACCUCAGCCUCCGCUCUCUCUCGUUGCUGACAAGCAGUCUGCCGCGAAGCCUCCAGUUGCAGAUGCCCUGGCCAACCCCCUCCAGUUGACACCCAUGAACAGUCUGGCCACCUCUGUGUUCAGCAUAGCCAUUCCUGUUGAUGGGGAUGAAGACAGGAAUCCUUCAACUGCUUUCUACCAAGCGUUCCAUUUGAACACGUUUCAGGAAUCAAAGAGCCUCUGGGAUAGUGCAUCUGGGGGAGGUGUUGUAGCCAUUGACAACAAAAUAGAACAAGCAAUGGAUCUGGUGAAAAGCCAUUUGAUGUAUGCAGUAAGAGAAGAAGUGGAAGUUCUAAAGGAACAAAUAAAAGAAUUAGUUGAAAGAAACUCUUUACUUGAACGAGAAAAUGCACUGUUAAAAUCUCUUUCAAACAAUGAUCAGUUAUCCCAGCUCCCAGCCCAACAGGCCAAUCCUGGUAGCACUUCUCAACAGCAAGCAAUGAUAGCACAGCCUCCUCAGCCAACGCAACCUCCACAGCAGCCGAAUGUCUCCUCAGCAUAAAGCUUUCUUAAGCCUCAUUAAGGAAAAAACUGAAAGCAAUCUUUCCUUGUGUGCCACUGGUGUUCUUUCCACUUUAUACGAAAGCAAGUAGCCAUGCUUCGGUCGUGUGUUUGGCCUUUUCAGUAUUAGACAAUCAUUCUACAAGAGCUUUUCCUCUCUCUAAGAUGUCAUGCAGCACUGUUGAUGUCCACUUCUAUGUCAUCAGUACACAAGGAGAAUAGUAGAUGGGGUUUAUUAAAGCAAGCAAAGUCAGCAUUUUACCUGGUGCGCAUGAGUGGGAAGUUUUGGUGGCUCUUCCAUGUUUCCUAUUACCAUGGAUUUACCUUGAGCCUUCCUACCACAUAACAGUUUGAAAGAGCCACUUUUCUUUCAAUAUCAGUAACAUUUGCCUACGUAAGUUUUCAUUUAUUUUGUGUUUUAUUUAUUACAGGGCUGCUAUUUUCAUAAUGUACAUGAACAAUGUCACAGAACUUUUUUUAAUUUUUUUGAGUAACUAUCAGUAAAGGAAUUGAAAGACAGGAUUACAUUUAAUAAAUAAAAUGUUUAGGCAAUAAUUGAACAAAAGAAUCCUGGCACAUUUCUAACACUAAUGGCAAUUUACCGUUGGUAUUUAUUUUCACUAGUAAAGAUCCAGCUUGAAUGUAAAUUUUGUAUAGUGUAAGUAUGAAGAACAUAGUGCACCUGUACAGGUAGUCACCAGUUAUUGUGAUAUAAUAAAUAAUUGGGCUAUUUUCAUGAAGAAAACUGUUCAUUUGUUUCUACUUUCUAAUAGAAAUUGCCACGAUUCCUCUGCUUUUCAACAUUUCUUGUUUGUUUUUUUUUUUUUUUUUUUUUUUUUUUUCUUUUUUUUUUGGGGGGGUGGGAAUAAAAAGCUGUGAAUUGUUCAACCUACUUUGUAACCAAAGAAGCAAAGCUGUGUAAUGGAGUUUUGUUUUGUUUUGUUUCAUAAUGCACAUUCUUUAUGUAUUUUUAGUUCGUGUUUUCUCGGUCACAAUUUCCUUUGCUGUCUAGCAUGAUCUGCAUGACCUACAGUCUCUGAACCACUUUCGUACCUCAUGUUUUAUCCAGCACUCUUAUUGUACUAUGUACUAGUCUGUGAACAAUGUCAAAUAAAGAACGAACAGGUCGUAUGGUGGAACUGAGCUAGUGUGUAAUACACUAGUUGUACAAAAAACAAAAAUGAAGUGAGCCAUCUUUUGUUCAUUUAAAAUGGUGUUUUGAAUUUCAUAUGCAGAAAACGUUUUGUUACAUUGCAGAUUUUAAUGUAUUUAAUAAAUGCAACAUGCAGAUUAAGUGCAGUGUAUACUGAGUAUUUAAAUUAAAAUGUACAUUUCAUAAAUACAGUUUCAAGAGAAAGCAUCAUUUGUGUAUACUAACACAUUAAGUGUAUGUCAGAAAUUGAUGUAAAAAAUAUAUUUUAACACAUUUUCUGAAAUUAAACUGCAGUUUUGUUGAAAUAUUUGGCUCUAUAUGUGUUCAAAAUUUGACUAGAUUUGUAUUUUCACAGUUUAAAAUAUUCCUUAAAUGAAAACCUAUGAUGUUAUUGAUGACAAUGAUAGUUCUUAAAUUUUCAAAGUAAAAUAAUUUAAAGAAUGCAAGAACAGUGAGCAAUAUUUGUACUCAAUAUUCUUACUCUGUUAAUGAUACAAAUAGGAAAUCCUCGUCUACCAAAACUUUUACUUGAAUUCAGAAAGGUGCCUGUAGAAAUUAACAUGUCCUGUAUCUGUAGCCCACUAGCUAAUAAGAGUUAAUGAGGAACAUAGUUAGCUCUCCAUGUUAAAAGAAGUUAAAUGUUCUUUAUCUAUUUGAAACAUUUUAGCCACCAACAAAAGGCAUAAAAUUUAAAUGUAUAUGACAUCACCAAAUAUUUUAUAUUCUAGUUGUGCUACAGGAAACUGUUCGGUAAACAGAAUUUUAAUGUUAAUUAGUAACAUUAGAAAUAUUUAAAGGAAGUAGGUAAGUACAUAGACUUGAGUGUGUAACCCUAAGGACAUAGAGUGAUAUUCUAGUAGAGCCACCAUAGGCAAGGUAGAAUGUGAAACAGUUGUUGGAAUGUUAGCCAAAAGGUUCUCGGGGUGUGCCCAUCCAUUGCUAUAGUGCGGUACUUCAUACAGACAAAGGAAAGCUCAUAUUAGAAGAGGAUGGGGGUAGGAUAUAGUUCAGUGGGAGACUGCUUCCCAGGAUGCGCAGGGUCCUUGUUUGGUCUCUGGCACUGAAAAAAGGGGCAGGGAUUUUUGUUAGAGGUGAGUUUUUAUUCUAGGGAUAAAAAAAAAGCACUCUAAGGUAGAAUAGUAGUCACCGAGGAAAUGGCUGGUAUUUUAAGGGUUAAAAUGGUAACAGCAAUUGCUUCUCAUUUUUUAAAAUCCUAACAAAUGAUUACAGAAGAAGUAAAGUUGAUUUCAAAAGGUUCAAGCUCUAGUAACCUAAGAAAUGCAAAUUACUGUUUUAACCAGUUAUGUCUCUUAAAUGGCAGAAAUCGAUGUCGUAGGUGAACUUUCCUGUGUUCUCCAGAGCGUAAUUUGGCAAUGUAUAUUAAGAGCUUUAAAUAUUAAUAAACUCCAGUUCAAUGGCAUGUUGCUUAACUCAAGGUGCAAUGUUCAAAAGUGCAAAAUUGUGCCUGUAUUCUGUUACCCACUCCUUCCCUCAGAACCCAGAGCUUUCUUCAUUCCCGUGCCCUGUCCCCCACCUAAAGCUGUGCAAUGAAGUUUACAUCUCAACUUGUUCAUAUAAGGUACACUAAACUCUAAACUUUGUCAGGAACAAAUAAAGGUGGGCAAGGUAUUGUUCUUGUGUUUGAAAUGUAAACAUCAUUUAGAUUAGAUCUUCCUUGGGGUUAGAGUCUCUUAAGUAGCUAGAAUAUUAACUAAUUGAAAUUCCAAUUUGGGGGGCAUAGUCUUACAGGAUGUCAUCUACCUUUAAUUUUCUCAGUCCAAUGCCUAUAGAUGAAGGUGCUACUACAUAAGUUUUCUUUUGGUUUAAUUUUCUGAUAUGGUUAAUGCGUGUACAACUAAAACCUAACUUUGCCUGGAGAAAUUAUUUUUAGGUAGUUCCAACAUAAGCUCACUGCAGCCAACAAAACAAAGUUUGGGGAAAUAAGUGUUGGCUAUUUUAACUCUUAGGUUAGAUAAAGCUUUAUAGCUCUGGAAGCAAGUCUUCAUGACAUGUCUGAAUUCUACUUAAUUCUGUUGAAAGGAAAAAGCUCAACCCUUAAAGUUUAAUUGAAGCUGUAGGCAAGUCAACCAGUACAGUGUGUCAAGAAAUACAAUCAGGGAUGGAUUUGUCAGGCUAGGUUUCCUGAAAGGUGACAUCUGAGUCUUCAGGGGUGAAGAGGAAGGGCAUUCCAAGCCUAAGAAAACCCUAUACAAAGUUCUUAAAGCAUCAAGAGGUUCCUCAAGACAGCCAUAGAAUUUUGUGAGAGAGAAACUUGAAAUGACUGUCCCACCAACUGUGGUGGUUUGGGCAUUUGGGGCAUUGUUUUGUUGUUUAGUCUUUUUGACACAGGGUCUCCCUGUAGCCCCAGCUGUCCUGGAACUCACUAUCUAGACCAGGCUGGCCUUGAACUCACAGAGAUCCGCCUGCCUCUGCCUCCCCAGUGCUGGGAUUAAAGGCGUGCGCCACCACACCCAGCUAUUUAUUUAUUUUUUAUUUUUUUUUUUUUUUAAGAUUCAUCGAAUGAUUGUUAGCAGUGAGAUGUGCUCAAUUCAUUUCAGUGGCAGGUGGGGGGUAGACUGGCAGGUUGAAACUAGAGACAAAUAAUUUUUGAUCAUUUAGACGAUCAAAAAAAGAAAAACAUGGGUAGACAAGAGGCAAAUUUUGUGAAGUUUAUGAAAGAAGUCUGUGUUAGAACUUUACCAUUUUUCAAUGAAUAUUCCAUUCCAAUACCAGAUGUUUUUUUUUCUUGCCCCUUCAGGGAAAAAAGCCUCGAUCAAUACUUAACUUUGAUUCAGUCUUAUGUCUGGUAGCCAUGAAUCACAACAAAAUCAAUGUCUUUAUUCCCUGUUGAGUUGCAAGAAUUUAACAAAAAAGUAAGGGAAAUAGAGGACCUUGAUCAUUUUAUGCCCCUGUAAAUUCAGCCCAAGGUAAACUUAAUCCUUUUGUGGUGGCUAGGAUUUGCGUAAUUCCACAGCUUUCUGUGAUUUUGCUCCCUGGAAGGGAUAAUAGGAGUUCUGACCUCACUGCAGGUACUGACAAUCCAAGUCAGAACUGAGUUCCCUAAAUUUUGCGUUUUAUUCUUUGACAUAGGCCAGCCCUACCACAUUUUCUGUGAGUCCUCAGUUUAUGCACAAUGAGCUUUUCUCCCACCUCCUGUAAGCCACCCAAUAACCCAUGUUUCUAUUUUCUAGCAUUACUAGUAUUUUCUGAUAUUUAUUUAGAUCGAUGCCCCCCCGCCUUUUGACAUUGCAGAGUUCAUCCCUGUCUCAUUUCUAUACCAGGCCACUGACUUUCUCUAUCAAAAUCUGCUCUUUAAAUGCAUGUAUUCCCUUUGUAGGUGGUAGGGUUACUCUAAAGGGCUCCCUUAGUGGACUACUGUAGCCUGACGUGCUAUAUUCAAAAGUAGGAAGUUCUAAGUGAGGCACUAUACAAAGCAAAUCAAAGUUCACAGACCUCUACUCUUUUUUUUUUCCCUCCUAUUUUUUUAAUGGAAUCGUCAAAAACAAGACAGCCUUUUGGGAUUGGUGAUUGGUAAUGGCAAAGUAAGAAGCUGUUAUUUUCUACUUGGCCAUUGAAUUUGUCCAAUAUACCGGGAUGGUGAGUUAGCUUUAUUUUUCCUUCCUCUUGCCAGAGAAACUGAUAAAUAAGGCAGUUGGAGGAGUUUCCCACUACCUAAUGUCAUGGAUCCAGAGUACCUAAGUUUACAGACUAAGACAAAGACAUGCCCACAGAAGCCAUAGGUAUCCCUUUGAAAGACAUCUGCUAACUUUGGAAAAAUAGUUUAAUUGUAAAGACCAAGCAAAUGCCACAAGGCAGCUUUCCCAUGAGGAAAGCAGAGCUCUCUUCCUUUUAAGCAUGCCUACAUCAUAAAAGAAUUGUAAAGUAUUCUUGCCUACUGCAAUCAAGAAUGUUUCCAGACCAGUGUUUGCUUUCAUUUCACAAGCAGCACAUCUGUAGAUAGAUAAGCCAGAGGAAGUUCGUGGAUAAAAGGAACAUUUUGCCACAGAUGAUGUACUAGGCCAGUGUCUAGUUCUAGUUUCCUGCUAAAAAAAAAUCCUAUAAAUCACUUCAGAAGGUCUUGCAUAGACAAAAAUAUGUAUAACUUUAUCAAGCACCAAAAUAGGUUUUGCAGAAAUACUUCGGGAUUUAUUCUUAUUUCUUAGAAAUGUUGAAAUACAAUUCAGUUCUAUCCCAAUUUAGGUGCUGUGCACUAUAGUGGAUGUUUGAGGAUAAAAGGAUGUAUGUGACAUGAGGUCUGCCCCCUAGGAGCUGAGUCCAGUAUGAAGGCACAAAUUGAAGUACCACACUAACUUAGGAUCAGCAUCAGUUUGUAGACCUCAUAUUGUUUGUUAAACAAGAGGUUCUUAAAAAUCAGCAGUAAUUUGCUGUGUCAUGUGAAACCCUUUGCCAUUGGCCAGGAAAUAGCUUUAAAUCACCAAAAAACUUUAGUAUCAAAUAAUGCUUCUAGAACAGGGAACAGGCAAAAGAAAACCUUCCACCUCUACACUGAGCCUGUACACCCCCUAAAAAAAAGUUAAUCUGAGAAAGAAGUUUACACAUUUUUUAAUACUCUUUAAGUUUGUAAAUAAUGGGUCUAAUUUAACCUAACUUGACUAGAAUUUACGUGUUUUGAAUUAUAUUGUCUUCUCUCAUAGGCAACACACGCAUUUUGGCUGACAUAAUCAGCUACCAUUCAGCAAAUAACUCAGGUACCUGAUACCAAAAAUCUCUACUAGAACUAAGAAUUCAGAGAGAAAUACAAGUCUGUAUGUUGAGUAAAUGGCAAAUGUGACAUUUCAGAUCAAUAGGGAAAGAAAUGAAUUGGUCAACAGAGUAUUGAGACAACAUAAGGGAGAAAGUAAGCUUAGAUUCUCAAAAAAUUUAAAACUCCAGCUAGAUUGGUAGUGAGUUUACUUUUGAAACUCAAAGCCUUGAUGAUGCAUGUAAGCCAGUAGUUUUACAAAUAAAUGAAGAGAUGCUCAACUAGCAAAAUAAGCAAAAGCACAUGAAAAUGCAAACUAUCUCAGAUCCUAAUGAAGUAUGAGCUGGGAAGGGUGUGGAGGAACAAGAAUCUCACAAGUUCGAACAACCACUUUUAAAGGCAACUGGGUAAUAUCCUUUGAAAUUUAGAUUUUUACAUACCUGUGACCCAACAGGUUCAAUUUUUAAUAUAUACCCUAACAAAACACAUUUGUCCAUGAGGCAACUUGACAAAAGCUUUGCUUGUUAAGAGUAUAAUAUUGGAAAAGUCAAGAUAUCUAUCAAGACAGUGGGAUGUGUGAUACACUAUAAAAUGUUAGGUAUCAGUGAAAAAAGUAGGAGUGUGUGCUGACAUAGAUCUCUAGGAUGCCAUGUUAAGUUUGUUAAAAAGUUGGGGGGGUGUUGAAGGGAAAUACAUGUAAUACACACAAUAUUGUUGAUGUUAAUACAUGCCACACACAUAAUACUGUACAGUGUACUUCUACAAGUACCUAUUUGUGUACAAUAUAAAUAUAUAGAGAAGGUUUGGAAGGAUGCUAACCAAACUGUUAACAGUAGUUUGGUGGUGUGCAUUAGCUGAAACUGUUAAUAUUUGAUGUUUUUGAAUAUGCAUUCAUGUACUGUUUGUGUAAUGACAAAUUAAUAAAUUAGAAAUGAAACAA